AACGUUCAAUUUGCGUGCCAUUGACAUUUCUGUUUUUUUUUAUUCUGACGUUUCUUUCUUUAGCCGUGUUUGUUUCGACCACGUUCAUCAAAUUCUCAUAGUGAAAAAAAAAAUUCCGUGGAGAAGGCAAGAGUGCAGUUUUUUAACAAAAACCGAGAUGGCUCCGAAAAAUAAAAUUGACGAAUCAGAAAAGAAGCCGCUGAUCGGUCGUGUGGGAACCAAUCUUCGUGUCGGCAUCGUUGGUGUGCCAAAUGUGGGGAAAUCGACGUUUUUCAAUGUUUUAACUAAAAGCGCCGCACCGGCUGAAAACUUCCCUUUCUGUACCAUUGAUCCGAAUGAAAGUCGUGUCCCAGUGCCAGACGCUCGAUUCGACUAUUUAGUUGACCACCACAAACCAGUCAGCAAAGUUCCGGCUUAUUUGAAUGUUGUUGACAUUGCCGGUUUAGUCAAGGGUGCUGCUGAAGGUCAAGGAUUGGGAAAUGCUUUUCUGUCCCAUAUCAGCGCUUGUGAUGCCAUUUUCCACUUGUGCCGAGCAUUCGAAGAUCCAGAUGUGACUCAUGUUGAAGGUGAAGUAAAUCCAGUGCGUGAUUUGGAAAUCAUUGGCGAGGAAUUACGUUUGAAGGAUGAGGAAACCGUAGAUAAAACUCUUGAAAAAAUGGAACGAACUGUCAUUCGAGCCAACGACAAGAAAAUGAAACCCGAAUAUGAUACUAUAGUGAAAGUGAAAUCUGUUCUAUCUGACGAAAAGAAGCAUAUCCGUUUCGCUGACUGGAGCGCUCAUGAUAUCGAAGUUUUGAACAAACAUUUGUUCUUGACAUCGAAGCCAUGCGUGUAUUUGGUGAAUUUGUCGGAAAAAGAUUUCAUUCGCAAGAAGAACAAGUGGCUCAUCAAGAUCAAGGAGUGGGUUGAUAAGAACGAUCCAGGUGCAUCGAUCAUCCCAUUCUCCGGUGCGUUCGAGCAUAAAUUGGUUGAAUUCGAGAACGAAGCCGAACGUAAGGCAUACGUUGAGGAGAUCAAAUGUGAUAGUGUUUUGGAUAAAAUAAUCGUCACCGGUUAUAAAACCCUGCAAUUAGAAUACUUUUUCACGGCUGGUCCCGACGAAGUCAGAGCCUGGACCAUUCAAAAGGGAACUAAGGCACCACAAGCAGCCGGUCGCAUUCACACCGAUUUCGAAAAGGGUUUUAUCAUGGCUGAAGUUAUGCAUUUCGCUGAUUUCAAAGAGGAGGGCAGCGAAUCAGGUGCCAAAGCAGCUGGUAAAUACCGUCAGCAAGGCCGUAACUACGUCGUUGAAGACGGAGACAUUAUUUUCUUCAAAUUCAAUGCUGGCGCUGGAUUAACCGGAAAGAAAAAAUAAACUUUGAACCAUAUUUCUAAAUGGCAUUUUCAAACCUUUCUCACAUCUUUUUGGAUUUUUUACGUUUAAAAUUGAAUUUUUCUAACAAAUACACGUGAAUGGGGAAAGUUAAACCCGAGUUUUAAUUCGAUUUAUUAUGGCAUGAAAAUUGAUAAUAAAAGAAAAUAAAAAUCAA